CCAACUUUCCCGAAAUACCAUAGUUGUUGUCGGAAGAAUGAACUCCAACCAGAGACCAAGACUGAACUCGCCGAGUCAGCCGUCCGAGUCAUGCGACUCGGGCAUUCUCAACCAGCAAAUACUCGUGCUCGUCUUCGAGUAUAUCAAGUGGGACCUCCAUUCAUUGUGCCAGGCCGCGUCGGUCAGCCGGAAGCUCCGUGCCAUCGCCAACCGACUCCUCUGGAGGGAGCUAUGCGUGUACCGCGCGCCGCGAAUGGUGGUUGCAUUGGCCAACGCAUCGCCCAACGGCCGUCUCGCGGGUGGUUGGCACGCGCUCGCAAAGCUUCUAUUCUUUUGCUGCGGUUGUGAGUCGACUCGGCAUUUUAAACUGAGUCGACCCUUGCCGGGUCAUUUCGUGAACGGGACUCGUUUUUCGAAGACGUCGGGUGGGAGCUUUUUGGCGAAGAGGUGUAGGGGCGAUACGCUGUAUGUGAGCGAUCCUUGUGAGCAUGCGAUGGCAAACAAGGAGGACGAUUUGGGGAUCUACCGAGGGGUAUUUCGGGGAUUUAAGAGGUCGAGAACGAGGGCUUGUUUGGUCGGACGGCAGGCGGCGCUCGAGGAGAGGGUUAGGUGUCCUUACUGUGGGACCCGCGUGUGGAGCAUGACCGCGGCUCGGCUCGUGACCAAGAGUGCAGCUAGGAGGCUCGGCUCGCCUGAAGGUGGGUUGGAAUAUUUCGUGUGUGUGAAUGGGCACUUGCAUGGGACGUGUUGGCUAGUGCCUCUAUCGUCGGAUGAGGGUGGAAUCGAUGAUGAUGAUGAUAAUGCUGAUAGUAGCGGGGAUGGUGAUGGAAUCUAUGCGGUUGGAUGCGAAGAUCCGACGGUGAGCAAUGGAAGUGUUAGCUCGACUUGUUCAGAAGUCAGCAGCUUGAUGGCUUAGGUAUUAGCUGGGUAACUCUUGGUGGGUCCAAUCAACAAUUCUUAUUUGACGGUUCUAUUUAGUGUAUCGCUGAUGUAACAAUUUUUGGUAUUAUUCACUCUCUUUUUUUUUUCUUUUUUUUUUUGUUGGUAUAAAAUAUUUGUUUGUUUCAUUGCCUAUAGGCCCUACAAAAUACGAGUAAUGAGAACCAUUUUUGUUUUGUGGUUGCU